CCUACCACCCUUUUGAUUAGCCCUUUUCUUUUCUCUCUUACCCUAUCUAUCCCUUUGUACCAUACACUCUCCAUAUUUUUUGUUAUUUUAAUUUUCUCUUUCUUUGUGUCCAUCCAUGACUCCUGUUUCUCUUAACCCACAACCUCAAAAUGCCCAAUUCUUCAUUUCUCCUAUUAAUCAGGACUCUACUCCUACCUUUUUUAAUUUACUUGAUCCAACUCAAACCACCUUUCAGAAUUUUGGAGACUUUAGACAAAAUCAUGAUCAUCAGGGUGAUGAUAAUAAGGUGGUAUUGCAUGAUGGAUCAUCAAGCAAUGAACAAGUCUAUAAUUCAAGUGAGGAACCAGCAAGAAGUGCACGUGACACUAAAAAUUUAACAUCCUUAGAGGAAGAUAGCAAAAGUGGUCACGGGUCUACGAAAUGGAUGUCUUCAAAAAUGAGAUUGAUGAAAAAAAUGAUGAGACCAAGUAGUAGUGGAUCCACUGACAAAGCAAUUAUGAUGAAUGCUCAAAGAUAUGAAAAUAGGUACAGCCAAACAAGCCCAACUCGUAACAACAACAACACAGUUAGGGUUUGUUCGGAUUGUAACACAAACUCUACCCCACUUUGGAGGAGUGGCCCUAUGGGUCCUAAGACCCUUUGCAAUGCUUGUGGAAUUAGACAAAGGAAAGCAAGAAGGGCAAUGGCAGAAGCUACAAAUGGUUCUACAAAAACUAAAGUGCAUAACAAGGAUAAGAAGAAGCCUCUUGUGAAUGAUUUUACACAAUUCAAACAUAAGAACAAGUCUACCUCUGGCUCAUCAUCUACUACUACUACUACUGCCGGCUCAUCUCAAGAUGUGAAGAAACUUGAAUGUUAUGCAUUAAAUUUGAGGGAAAAUUCAGAUUUUGAAGGUGCAUUUCUUUCCGAUGAAGUAGCUGAGGCGGCACUACUUCUAAUGGAUAUAUCUUGUGGUUAUAUUUAUUCUUAAAUUAAACUUAUGGAUUUGGAUUCUCUCAUGUGAGAAUUUUAUCACAUUGAAAGGAUUCGCACUUUUUGACAUUUAGUUUUAUUUUUUUACUUUUAUGUCGGAAAAAUAUUUUGUGCCUAUUUUGUUUUGGUAUUGUGAGUUUGUGAAAUCAAGCUGAUGUACAUGCAACAAACCAAAAUAAGGUUUUGUUGUAUUACACAUGCAUUUAUGGUGAAUUAAUUAAAGGAAAGUUUAUAUAAGUUUUGGUA